AUGUUGUUACAAGACGUUCAUCACCGCGAGCAACUAGACGACGAUGUCGAGAACGCUUUCUCGAAGAUUAACGGAACUGCGCGACAAGCUUCGCCAUUUGCCGACGAGCCCAGCAUCGACGUUCCUUCGACACAUCUGCCCGUCGUGACCCCAAGAUCCAAAACGGCCAACGACCGCACCGGACUGGCCAAAUCCCUCCCUUACGCAUCCCUUGGUGCGUCGAGAUCGACCAUCGACGAGCAGGAUGUGCUCAUCCAGACCUGGGCGAUCCUGCUGCACCAGUAUGCGGUCUCUGAUACAGUCGCCUUUGCAAUCAUCGGGAAAUCUGACCCGUCGGGGUACUCAGGCAGGCGAGCCUCCACCCAGGUUGUGUGCUUGCCCCAUCUCUUCCUCGACUCGGCGCGAGCUACUCCUCACGCGCCUGCUGUGCACGGCUGGGAUGGACGUCUCACCUACGCGGAGCUAGACCAGCUUUCCAACAGCGUUGCGAGGCAGCUCCUGCGGCGCGGUGUGCGCAAGGGCCAAUUCGUCCCAUUCUCGUUUGAGAAAAGCAUCUGGAUGGUGGUCGCGAUCAUCGGAAUUCUCAGGGCGGGGGGAGUGGUCGCCUCGAUUGAUCCUUCGCAGCCUCAGUCUCGGGCCCGGGAGAUUAUCCAGGAGACAGGUGCAACGGUGAUUGUAGCCUCCACUGCUCAAGCGUCGGUCUUUGCCGGGUUGGUCGAUACCGUUGUUCCCAUCGCGGAUGAUACCGUGCACCCCGCGGCGAAUGACACCGGACUACACCCCUCGUUGCCUCCAGUGCACCCCGAGGACCCUGCCGUGGUCAUCUUCACGUCGGGAUCGACCGGCAAGCCCAAGGGAAUCGUCAUCCAGCAUGGCGCGGUGACUACCCGAAUGGUGGCAGAGGGCCGCGCUUUUCAGUACCAUGGUGCGAGAACCUUGCAGUUCGCUGCCUCCACAUGGGACAUCUUCAUGACGGAUAUCUUCACCACGCUGGCGUUCAACGGCUGCGUUUGCAUUCCGAGUGAAGAAGACCGCCGGUUCAACCUUGCCAGAUUCUGCGCCGAAUAUGACGUGUCCCUGGCGCUGAUCACCCCGUCGCUGGCAAACCUCCUGGAACCGACUGGAUUCCCAACCCUCAAGACACUAAUAUUCGGCGGGGAAGCACUCAAAGAGGAGGUGACCCGAAAAUGGGAAGCGGUUGACGGCAUCUCGCUGCAUCAGGGUUACGGGCCCGCAGAGACCGGGCCGUGUGUCGCGGGGCGUUUGGCCGAACGACCAGAGAUUCUGGGCUAUGCGCUCGAUAAUUCCGUCUGCGUCCUCGUUGAUCCCAGUAACCCCAACCGACUGGUCCCGCUGGGAGCCGUCGGUGAGCUCGUCGUCGGAGGGCCCAGCUUGCUUCGAGAAUACAUCAAUGACCCCCGCAAGACUGAGGCCGCUGUGAUUGAGAACCCUCCUUGGGCACUCGACUUAAUGACUCCUGUGCGGCGGUUUUAUCGCACGGGUGACCUGCUCCGAUACAGUGUCGACACCCUGGAUGGUCGGUUGGAAUUCGUUGGUCGCACGGACGAUCAAGUCAAGUAUCACGGUCAGCGCAUCGAACUCGGAGAGAUCGAGCACCACUUGAGCCGACUCCCCGGUGUCGAAGCAUGCGUCGUUGUCCUUGCCAAAGCCGGUUUCUUCAAAGACAGACUGGUAGCGGUUGUGCAAGCCGGCAAGUCCAGUGGCGGCAGCAGCUACGGCACACAGCUCUCCUUGCGAUCUGAUCCGAACAUCACGAUCACUCAUAUGAGACGCUUCUUGUCUUCACGACUGCCAGAAUUCAUGAUCCCCAAUGAAUUGCUGGUGGUCCAGGAACUGCCACACAACAACUCCAUGAAACUUGACCGGGGUCGCGUCGCCAAGUGGGUUGCGGACAUGCAGAGCCAACCUUCCGAGGCAGUGCCCAAGCCGCACACUCGGGGCAACGAAUUGCUGGCUCAUGAAUCGACGGCGAGGACGAUUGCUCGGGAGUACGCCAGGAUUGUCGCGGGCGACAGCGUUGCUCGUCGCCGCGAGUACGAGGACCGCGAUUUCAACCUGCAGGAGGGCGGCAUUGACUCGAUCCAGAUCAUGUCCCUGUCGAUGUUCCUUACCGAACACUUUGGAUUCCAAGUCCCCAUGGCUGAUAUUCUCAGCUCGCGGGCCACCGUCCGAUCAAUUGCCUCCUUGAUUGAUGCGAACUCGAGUCCAGGUCGGGGACAGCCGCUGAAUACGCAGGAGACAGCCCGCCUUCCGCUCAGAUCCAAUGGGCCGGCCCCCAGCCAACAGGCUCUGGAAAGAAAUGGCAGCCGAGUCUUCCUUACGGGAGCGUCUGGCUUCCUUGGCAUUGAGAUCCUACGACAAUUGCUGGCGCGACCAAAAACGCACGUCUACGCCUUGGUCCGGGGAUCGUCGGAGAGCCAGGCUCGAGAACGUCUCGUGCAAAAGGCCAUCUCGGCGGGCUGGUGGCAGGAUGCGUAUCGCACCAGACUCCACGUUUGGCACGGUGAUCUAACACAACCGCAGCUUGGGUUAAGUCAGCUUCAAUGGCAAAUGCUGCAGGGCAAAGCAUCUCCGAGUAUCGACGCGAUCAUCCACAACGGCGCCAAGGUGCACUACAGUCAGGACUACGAGACAUUGAAGAAAACGAAUGUCUCUCCCACGGUCGAGCUGCUGAAAGCAGUCCAUGACCGCGAAGAGCCCCUGCACAGCUUUGUUUUUGUCUCGGGCGGGCAGCAGCUUAGCUUCGACGACCGCGAGGACGAGAAGAAUGCGGCCAAGUCGCUGAAAGGAUCCGGCUAUGCACGAUCCAAGGCCGUGUCCGAACAGAUUGUCCGUCGAUUCGCCAAUCAAAAGGGCUCCAAGGCUCGGCAUGUACGCAUCGUCAAACCGGGGUUCAUCAUCGGCGACGCUGAGCGAGGCCUUGCGAAUCAAUCCGACUUUAUCUGGAGACUGAUCGCUGCGUGUGUGGAACUGGGUUUCUACAACGGGGACGAAGCAGACAGCUGGCUCUUUAUCUCGGACAUCACCCGCGUCGCGCAAGUGAUUCUGCACAGCGUGUUCGAGGACGACUCUCAACCCGUCACGAAGGUGCUGGAUGGCCUGAGAUUCAAAACUCUGUGGGCCCUUCUCCAAGACAAGUUCGGAUUUGAGCUCCAACCCCUCUCGCGGCGAGAAUGGCUGGCACGCCUCAAACACUCCGUGGCCACCAAGAAGGAAAAACAUGUCCUCCUGCGAGAGCAGUUUCCCGCGCUGCACCACGGCGUCGUACCUUUCAACAAUGCUGCCGGAACGGUGGUGCAUCGGGAGGCUGCGGAGAGCACACACCGAUACAUGACCUCCUUCCCGUAUGAGCUGGGUCGUGAUGAUCCGGCGAGUGCCGCGAAGACGCAACGACUUCAAGAUCGAUUCGCCGAGCUCGCAGCAUUCAUGAAUGCCGACCCGGAUGAAAUAGCGUUCGGCCAAUCGACUACCUUCCUGCUUCGCUCUCUCGGCCAGGCACUCAAGCCAUUGCUCAAUUCGGAUUGUGAGAUCAUCGUCUCCAUUCUGUGUCACGAAGGCAGUGCGGCGGCUUGGGUGGCCCUCGCCAAGGAUUUGGGCAUCGCCAUCAAAUGGUGGGCCCCACCCCCCGGCGACGAUCCGGUCCUGUCACUCGACACAUUGCGGCCGCUGUUGACGCCAAAGACCCGGCUGGUAGCCUGCAACCACGUGUCCAACGUGGUGGGCACCAUCCAUCCCAUCCGCCAAGUGGCGGACCUGGUCCAUCGGAUUCCGGGGGCGGUCCUCGUCGUGGACGGAGUGGCAUGGGCCCCGCACCGCCCCAUUGACGUCAAGGCGCUGGACGUGGACUUCUACUGCUUCAGCUGGUACAAGGUCUUUGGACCCCAUGUUGCACAGCUGUACGGCCGGCGGAGCGCUCAGAAGCGCGCUCUGGCGGGCAUCAGCCACUUCUUCCUCAGCGAGAUGCCGGGCCUGGACUGGCGGUUGCGUCUCGGGGCCAAUUCCUUCGAGCUGGAGGAGGCCCUGGUGCCGAUUACCCGGUACCUGAAACGGGUGGGCUGGGACAACAUCAUUGCCCAGGAGACGGUGCUCCAGGAUGUGUUCUUGGCGUAUCUCCGGCGCCGGCCUCGGGUGUUUCGCAUCUUCGGCGAGCAGUCCUCGGACCCAGCGAAGCGCGUGCCGGUGAUCACCUUUGAGGUGAUCGGUCACUCGUCGACGGUGGUGGCUAACAAGGUCAAUCAGCGGGGGCGGUUCCGCGUGGUGUCUGGAAACUGCUGGGCUCCAAGACCAACGCAUGAUGUGCUGGGCCUGGGCGCCGACGGUCUCAUCCGGGUUAGUUUUGUGCAUUACAACACUGUUGCGGAAGUGCAGGAGUUUUGCACGGAGCUGGACUCGGUCCUGGAGACGUUGAACGCGGGCAUCUAG